UUCAGUGUGGGACCGGUGGGUAACGGUCGGUCAUUAAUGUCUGCAACACCCGCUGUUUGAGUUGUGGGAUGGAGUUUCGUUGACAGACAGUACCGUUACGUGAAUGUUGUAUUUAGUGUCUGUCUACUAACACAGCGAUAUCUAUCGGGAGCACUCACCCGAGCAACAUGGCAGAUACUAUUAUCAUCAGGGUACAGUCCCCAGAUGGGAUGAAGAAAAUUCCUUCUACCAAGAGGGAGACAGUUGCUGCUUUUUUAAAGAAGGUGGGCAAAGAGUUUGGGUUCAAUUCCAAUGGGUUUUCUGUUUACCUGAACCGCAACAAGACCGGAGAGAUCCUUUCCCAGAACAAAACUCUGAGCCUGCUUAAGAUCAAGCAUGGCGACAUGCUGUUUCUGUUCCCUUCAGGAUCCUCUUCUUCUUCUGGGGAGGUGAUGGACACGGCCACCCCACACUCAUCAUCAUCACUGCCAUCCGUCUCAUCAUCCUCAUCCUCUUCUUCGUCCUCCAUGAUCCCCCGGUCCUUCUCAGCACCCCAGGUCCAGGAGGAUGAGAUUGAUCAGUAUCUGGUCAAGCAAGACGGCAAGAUUUACAGGAACAAAGAUCCACAGCUAUGUCGCCAUGGUGCCCUUGGAAAAUGUGUGCACUGUGUACCGUUAGAGCCUUUUGACGAAGAUUACCUGAAUCACCUCGACCCACCAGUGAAGCACAUGUCAUUCCACGCAUACCUUCGCAAGCUGACCGGUGGAGCUGAUAAAGGGAAGUUUGCAGCUUUGGAGAACAUCAGCUGUAAGAUCAAGUCGGGCUGUGAGGGCCACCCUCCCUGGCCGGAAGGGAUCUGCACCAAGUGCCAGCCCAGUGCCAUCACACUGAACAGACAGAAAUACAGACACGUGGACAACAUCAUGUUUGAGAACCACACCAUUGCUGACCGCUUCCUGGACUUCUGGAGGAAGACAGGCAGUCAGAGGAUGGGAUACUUGUAUGGCAAGUUCACUGAGCACAAAGACAUCCCUCUGGGCAUCAGAGCUGAGGUGGCUGCCAUCUACGAGCCACCACAGAAUGCCUCUCAGAACAGCCUGGAACUGGUGGAGGAUCCUAAAGCUGCAGCUGUGGAUGAAAUCGCUGCCAAACUGGGCCUCUGCAAGGUGGGCUGGAUCUUCACUGACCUGCUCUCUGAGGAUACGAGGAUAGGCACUGUCCGCUACACGAGAAACAACGACUCGCACUACCUGAGCGCAGAGGAGUGCAUCACAGCGGGAUACUUCCAGAAUCUUCAUCCAAACCCUUGCAGACUCUCUCGAGACGGCCAUUUUGGCUCCAAAUUUGUGACUGUGGUGGCAACAGGUGGUCCAGAUAACCAGGUGCACUUCGAAGGAUAUCAGGUGUCCAAUCAGUGCAUGGCUUUGGUGAGAGACGAGUGCCUACUACCCUGCAAAGACGCUCCUGAGCUGGGCUUUGCUAAAGAGUCCAGCCCUGAGCAGUAUGUACCAGACGUCUUCUACAAGGACAAAGACAAAUUUGGAAAUGAUGUCACAUUUCUAGCCCGGCCUCUCCCUGUGGAGUACCUUAUCAUAGAUAUAACUACAACUUUUCCAAAGGACCCCCAGUACACCUUCUGCUCCACACAACGCUUCCCCAUUGAGAACCGUGAUAUCCUGGGAGAGACACAAAAUUUCCACAGUUUAGCAACAUACCUGUCCCAGUGCACCUCCACGGCAUUCCUGGACAUCGUGUCAGACUUCCAUCUGCUCCUCUUCCUCGUUACCAAUGACGUCAUGCCUCUGAGAGACAGCAUCGGGUUGCUACUAGAUGCAGUAAGGACUUCUAAUGAGGAUCUGGCACAGACCUGGAAGAAGUCGGAGCAGUGGGCCACCAUCGAGCAGCUGUGCAGUACAGUGGGUGCGCAGCCCUCCAGCUCUGUGGGUUAUGGGGCUAUGGGCGGCCCCUCAGUCCCCGCCUCCUCCUCAGCCAUGUGGUCCUGCCUCCACUGCACCUUCAUGAACCAGCCUGGCACAGAGCACUGUGAAAUGUGCAGCCUGCCCCGCAGUUAAAAACCCCCUCCCUCCACCAUGCUGCCCUGCCCUGCCCUGAUCUUAUCUCACCCAGCCCUCCUCUUAACUCACCAGUGACAUCACUGCACCAGGACCAGCUGCGAGAUUUGGAUCCCCUUUUUGUUUUGUUUUGCCUCACUUUGAAGCCUCUGUCCUUCCCAUCUCACAGGCUGCUGUGACGCUUGAAAGGGAUGCACUCGUUUACAUCGAAUUCAAUGAGUAAAUAAAAUAAAACCAGACUGUUUUUUUUUUUUUUUUUGUAUCCCUCACAGCGGCUCUUGUGAGUGGCGGGGUCCGUUAAGGUAAAGCACUUUUGGCUGAGGCCCCUUUCCCUCAACCCACAGCCCCCCUGAAUAAUCACCCCCUCAAAUAAAUCCUGCUGUGACUCAGGACAACAGCAAAGACUCGAGUGUUUGGAUGUUCUCUCACAUCAGUGCCCCUCUCACUCUCACAACGUCUUCUGGAAAAUCUUUGCUGUGUAUAAAUACAUUUGAGGAAUGAUACUGUUAUUUAAUUAAGCUUCUUUUUUUUUUUUUUUUAAAUCUGAUUGUAGCGAUACCUUAAAAUUUUGAAUCUUCAGCGUGGACUCUACUCAGUCAGGUUUUUAUAGGUCUUGGUCUCUUUGCCAAGCCCCUUAACGUACAAUCAUUGGUCAAAGCUCAGACCUGAAAACUCUUAAGAGCUCCAGAGUAAUUCCACUUAAGUAGAGUUUAUAUUUUCAGUAUUAAAUUACUUUAGAAAUAAAUCCCAGAUUUGAAAAGGCAUACACAAAAAGCUCUUCACCCCUUACAUCCUCCACUGAUUGCAGAAGUAACGUGCUGUUGGUGAUUUUGGACUGGCGUCCCACCAACUUAAAGUGGCUCCUAAAGAUCUUUUCGCUGGUUUGUUGGAAUUGUAGCUUUUGGAUUUGGUGGAUUGAACUUGAGCAGGCAUAAUAUGUAGCUUAUUUUAUCGGUUGUAUGUUCUGUUUCUGAUAAAACGCCCCAGGACACCAUCCAUGUUCCUCAUCAUCAUCGUUACUGACUCGCACUGUAUUAGCCGUGAGGUGCUUCUAGAAACAACUGGUGCUCGCCACUUCCCUCACUGUCACUCCCUCUGUCAAAGGUGUCAGACCAUAACCAAUGUUCCUCCGCUGAUGGGCCCCUCCGGGUUUUUCCAUCACUCAGCCUUCAAAGACUUUGCUGCUCAGAGUGCAAGGGGUCGCGGGUCACCACGGGGAGAAAAAGAUGCCUAACAUUUCGCUUGUCUCAUCUGAUGUCUGUGCUGUACAUCUGGAAGCAGGAUGACGAUGAUCAGUGUUUUAAAAAAAACCUUGAAGUGAGCGCCGUCUGUCUUUGGUUUUGCAGAUAAUUAUUCUCUGCACUUUCAAGCAAAAACCCUGAGCUGCUUCCAGCAGGAGACAUGGCUGAUGUUCAGCAUGCGAGUCCAGAUUGAUGUCUUCUCCGCUUUGUAGAGCUACAGUGUCAGUGGUGUAGAAGGGGCUGAAGCUCAAAACAACGUGAAAAGCACUUAUCUCCCCUCGAUAGCACUGAAAAAGCCAACAACAUUUUCUCACUCACCUCUAGUUGUAUUUAGCCAUACAAAUAGUUCAUGCGUCUGAGAUUCUGCCUACACAACGGAGGUGAAUGGAAAUUGUUUUGUGGUGCUAAGAAUGAAAUGUGACACUUAAAAAAUCAACUGUCGACAGUUUUCGUUGGCAGAAAGUUGUCGGUUAGAGGAGGCAGAAAUCUCAGAGAAAGAAACUUCUCGAAUCCUGGACAAAUUAAAACACUAAAACUAUCUCCAUAUUUAGAUACCACUAGUGGUAAGUGGGGAAAUGUUUUGUUUUUAUUUUAAAUCAUUUCAGUAAACUAACCCUUUAACAUCUUACAGGGCAUAUUAGGAUGGUUGGUUGAAACUGGUUCUUUUUCUUACUUUAAUGUUUCUUUUGGAUUUUCUUUGAUGAGACUAAUAUUGGGACCAAAACUUGUGAAAUCAUUUAAGUCCUGAAAGUUUACUUCUGGUUGCACAUCAUUAGCAUGUUAACAUCUGGCAACAAAACGUUACUUUGAGCCGCUUCACCCAAAUGCUCAUAAUGUGUAACAUGCACCCAUUCGGCAAAAUCAGAACACAUGCAUAUUGUCCAUACACAGUUGUGUAGGGAUCUUGUUAAGCUAUGUGGUGCCAGAAUGAAGGUUUUUGGUACCAGCACCUGUAGUCCAGAUGUAAAUAUGUCCACAUGUAAAAGCUUAUAAAAGCCAGUGCAGUUUUGAACAGAUGUAGCAUAUUUGAUGUAUGCAACCAAAAUGAUCUUGCACGACUAGAAUGCUUUUGCAGUUUUUCUAGUGCUCAUAUAAAACUGGAGAAUUGACUACAACUGAUAAAUAAAUAUAACAAAGGCUAAUGAUUGAUGCUGAAACAAAAAGCUAACAAACUGCGUAUUUCCCGUAUUUACACCUUUCACCUUUUGAAUAAUCCUGAUUUAAAUAGUUUUUGAGCAACAGAAUCUCUUUUAAUCCACGUCCUCGAUAUGUUUGCUGCUGACAGAUGCAGACUGACAACAUUCUCAAACCUUUUAUCACCACUUUUAAUGUUUAGUUUCGGUAUUUUGUUUUUCCCUCAUAAUUUGUGCCCUGUUACAUGAAAUAUAUAGUUUUUUUUGCUAAAAGGAAGUUCCAACUGGCAGGAAAACUGAGCGAUUCACUAAAUCCUGUUGAGUUUCAUUGGGGUCGUUGACGGGGAAAUGGGCCUCUUCAGUUAAGAGGGCGAGUCGUGGGCUGCAGAUUUGCUAUUUAUGAGACGUGUGCUUCUUUGUAAGAGCUUGACAGUAAUUCCAUUGAUGAAGUGAGAAUAUAUUUUUAGUUGUAGAGUCAUUUGAAAAUGCUUGAAAAAAGUUUUUGUUUUGUUUUUUUGCUCAGUGAUAUCAUUCUUACCCCCCGUGUGAAUUCUCAAGAGCGAUUUAUCUGAUGUCAUGCUAACCGACGGCAGUGACCUUUUCCUUUUGUAUUGAUCCAGGGGCCGUUUGCUGAGCAAGCAUGCUCUUGGAGUUACAGCAGGUUUUCACUUUCCACUGAGCUAACUGAGGACCCUGAAGGUUGUAUGCUGUUGACCUGGAUUUGAAACAAAAUAAAAUAAAAACAACAACAAAGAA